AUGGGUCAAUCACGACGCCCCGUUGGUGGGGAAAAGAAGAGUCGCGGCUUUGGGCGCUCCAAAGCGGUCGCCGACGUGGGCGACGGGCGGCAAGCAGGCAAGGCGCAGGUCAAGAAGGCCACUUUCGAGAGCACCAAGAAGAAGGAGAUCGGCGUGUCGGACCUGACACUGCUGAGCAAGAUCUCCAAUGAGGCUAUCAACGACAACCUCAAGUUGCGCUUCGAGCAUGACGAGAUCUAUACCUACAUUGGACAUGUCUUGGUCUCUGUGAAUCCGUUCCGCGAUCUGGGUAUUUACACCGACAACGUCCUCCAGUCCUACCGAGGCAAGAAUCGCCUGGAAACCCCACCUCAUGUCUUCGCCGUCGCCGAAUCUGCGUACUACAACAUGAAAUCCUACAAGGACAACCAGUGUGUGAUCAUCUCUGGGGAGUCGGGUGCCGGGAAGACCGAGGCGGCCAAGCGCAUCAUGCAAUAUAUUGCUAGUGUGUCUGGGGGCAGCGAUUCGUCAAUCCAGCAGACCAAGGACAUGGUGCUGGCCACAAAUCCUUUGCUGGAGUCGUUCGGCAAUGCCAAGACACUGCGCAACAACAACUCGUCACGGUUCGGCAAGUACCUGGAGUUGGAGUUCAACGUCAACGGCGAGCCUGUCGGAGCGCACAUCACAAACUACCUACUCGAGAAGUCGAGAGUGGUGGGACAGAUUACGAACGAGCGAAACUUCCAUAUCUUCUACCAACUCACCAAGGGAGCCCCGCAGAAGUACCGUGACAGCUUCGGCGUGCAGCAACCCCAAUCGUAUCUUUACACGAGCCGCUCGAAGUGCUUCGAUGUGUCCGGUAUCGACGAUGUCGCGGAUUUCAAGGAUACGCUGGAUGCGAUGCGGAUUAUUGGAAUGAGUGAGGCUGAGCAGGACAACGUAUUCCGCAUGCUGGCCGCUAUCCUGUGGAUCGGAAAUAUCCAGUUCACCGAGGACGAUUCCAGCAACGCCUCGAUUACCGACCAGUCGACGGUCGAUUUCGUCGCGUAUCUGAUGGAAGUCGACUCGGCCGAAGUGAACAAGGCAUUGACCGUUCGCCUGAUGGAGACCUCACGAGGCGGACGCCGCGGUUCUGUUUAUGAGGUGCCGCUGAACACGGUGCAGGCGGUGGCGGUUCGAGAUGCCCUGGCCAAGGCAAUCUACUUUAACCUUUUCGACUGGAUCGUCGAGCGCGUCAAUCAAUCUCUGGCUGCGCGGGGGGCCAUUUCGAACUCGAUUGGUAUUCUGGAUAUCUACGGGUUCGAGAUCUUUGAGAAGAACUCUUUUGAGCAGCUCUGCAUUAACUAUGUCAAUGAGAAGCUACAGCAAAUCUUCAUCCAGUUGACCCUCAAGGCAGAGCAGGAUGAGUACGCUCGCGAACAGAUCAAGUGGACUCCGAUCAAGUACUUCGAUAACAAAGUGGUGUGUUCGUUGAUCGAAGAUAAGCGCCCUCCUGGCGUUUUCGCGGCUUUGAACGAUGCCUGCGCAACGGCACACGCGGAUUCCGGUGCGGCGGAUCAGACCUUUGUGGGUCGACUCAACUUCCUCUCGCAGAACCCGAACUUUGAGGGUCGCCAAGGUCAAUUCAUCAUCAAACAUUAUGCCGGAGACGUGAGCUACGCCAUUGAGGGCAUGACGGACAAGAACAAGGAUCAGUUGUUGAAGGACCUGCUCAACCUGGCGGGAUCUAGCAGCAACCAGUUUGUCCACUCGCUCUUCCCCAACCAGGUGAACCAGGAUGACAAGCGGCGUCCGCCUACUGCAGGCGACAAAAUCAAGGCAUCUGCCAAUGAUCUCGUGACCACCCUGAUGAAGGCGCAGCCAUCAUACAUCCGUACGAUCAAGCCGAACGAUAACAAGGCCCCCAAGGAGUACAAUGUCGGCAACGUGCUGCACCAGAUCAAGUAUCUGGGUCUGCAAGAGAACGUGCGUAUUCGCCGUGCCGGCUUUGCUUACCGUCAGACAUUCGACAAGUUUGUUGAGCGGUUCUAUCUGCUGUCACCCAAGACCUCGUACGCCGGUGAUUACACAUGGACGGGCGACUCGGAAUCUGGUGCGAAGCAGAUCUUGAAGGACACCAGCAUCCCUCCGGAGGAAUACCAGAUGGGUAUUUCCAAGGUAUUCGUCAAGACCCCCGAGACUCUGUUCGCGCUGGAGGCCAUGCGGGACCGUUACUGGCACAACAUGGCCAUUCGUAUCCAGCGCGCCUGGCGCAACUACCUCCGCUAUCGCAUCGAAUGUGCCACUCGCAUCCAGCGUUUUUGGCGUCGUAUGACUGGCGGACUUGAGUUUAUCAAGGUCCGUGACCAAGGACACCAGGUGCUUCAGGGCCGUAAGGAACGUCGAAGAAUGAGUCUCCUGGGCUCGCGUCGUUUCCUGGGUGAUUAUCUUGGUGUGGCGGACAAGGGUGGUCCUGGCGAGAUGAUCCGUAAUGGUGCAGGCAUCAGCGGUGCGGAUCCUGUGCUCUUCUCUUGCCGUGGCGAGGUGCUGGUCUCCAAAUUCGGCCGAUCCAGCAAGCCUAUGCCUCGCAUUCUUGUUCUGACCAGCAAAAAUGUUUAUAUCGUGGCACAGAGCAUUGUCAACAACCAGCUUCAAAUCUCGUCGGAACGGACGAUUCCCAUUGGUGCUAUCAAAGCCGUCAGCACCUCGAACCUCAAGGAUGACUGGUUUUCGCUUGUUGUCGGUGCCCAGGAACCGGAUCCGCUGCUCACCUGUGUUUUCAAGACGGAGUUUUUCACCCAUCUGACCAACGCACUGCGCGGAUCCCUCAAUCUGAAGAUUGGAGAAAGCAUCGAAUACAACAAGAAGCCCGGGAAACUGGCAACUGUCAAGGCUGUCAAAGAUCCAGCCGCUGGAAACCACGACACCUACAAGAGCAGCACGAUCCAUACUGGGCCAGGCGAGCCUCCUAACUCGGUGUCGAAACCCACUCCCCGACCGAAGCAGGUUGCCGCCCGACCCGUCACCAAGGGAAGGUUGCUUCGGCCCGGUGGUCCUGGUGGUGGUCAGGGCAAAUUGUCCUCCGCUGCUGCAUCGAGACCUACUCCUGCUGCCCAGCCUUUGCCCCGGGCCACUCCUCAACCGGCCGCGCAGCCGAGAGUAGUUCCCCAGCCAGCUGUGCCUGCCGUCGCGAUCGCACAUACUCGAAACGAUUCUGCGAGCUCAACGAGGGCGCCACCGCCGCCUCCGCCUUCCGCACCUCCUCCGGCCUCGAAGAAGCCCACUGCCAAGGCGUUGUACGACUUUAGUAGCGACCGUUCCAAUGAGCUGACCAUUCACACGGGAGAGAUUGUGCAGAUCGUGUCCAAGGAGGGCAAUGGAUGGUGGCUGUGCAUGAACAUGACAACCUCCACGCAGGGCUGGGCCCCAGAGGCCUACCUCGAGGAGCAGGUUGCUGCCACUCCUCGAGCUGCCCCUCCUCCCCCUCCAGCAGCGCCCCGACCGACACCCAGCCCUGUGCCGAACGGCACUGGAGCCGCUACGGUCGCAGCUGCUAAGAAGCCCGCGCCGCCAGCUCCUCCCAUGAAGCGGCCCAACAUGGCUGGUCGCAAGCCGGCACCCUCGCCUGCACUCCGCGACAGUACUGCGAGCAUGAACUCGGCCGACUCUUCUGGUGCGAGCGGACGCGGCACACCCAGCAGCGCAUCCAACGCCAGUCUCGCCGGUGGCUUGGCCGAGGCACUGCGGGCGCGCCAGAGUGCGAUGCAGGGAAAGCAAGAGGAUGAAGAUGAUUGGUAG